AUGGCGACGUGCAUGUUGUCGUCAAAGAUGUCGCCCAUCAUUAGAUUUGUACUGAAAGAGCAGUACUAUUCCUCGAGACCGAUAUAUAACGGUGUGACUGAAAUUUCCAGACGAGGUGAGAAUAUUAUUUUGGUGAGUGAAGACCUCGGUUGUGUGUCGUUUCAAAUGAGUAGCAACUGACAGCUAGUUAACCGUUACUGUAGCUUGUUAGCAUAGCUAAAGUUAGCUAGUUACCUUAACCUGUCAAACUUAAUUUCAUUCCGGACCUGUCUAGUCCAGGCUGGCUAGAUAAUUAACUAGCAACCUACACAUAAAUCAGCCAUUAUUAUAAUGACAUUAAUAGCUAGCUACAUUGUUACGGUGCUGACAAACUUACCUUUUUGAGACGAGGGAAUAUCGAAUCGCUGACAAAUCAAUGAAUCUUUGGACAGCUUGCUCGCUAACUCGGUAACGUUAACUGGAUAACAGUUUUUGCUCUUCUAAACACGUAACGUUAAACCUCCGCGGGGGGGUUUAGCUAUAUAUCUUACUACCACAGCAUCAGGAUGUUAACGUUAAUUCCGUGAUAUGUUCUACUGCUCAGGCUACUCGACAGAUGGAGAUGCUCUCCCCCAGCCUGCUGCAGAAGACCGCAAUGCCGCCGCAGCGUACAGCGGACUGCUGGAGCACUACACCAGUCUGGUCAGGGACGGGGCGCUGCGAGAGGACCCGCAUCAGAAAGACGUGGUUCAGACCUGGGAUCAAAUGCACAAAACCCUACGAGGUUACAGAAACCAGCCUACGUCCAUAUUUUCGAAGGUAAUCGGAUUUCAAUGCAUGCACUUUGAUUUUAGACACUGGUGUGCAGACUCACCAAAACACAUUCAAAAAUGCACAGGGGCGGUUGUAGUGAUUUGGAGGCACCAGGAAGAGGCAUGUCUUAACAAAUGUAUGGGAUUUAUAGUAAAGACAUGUAAUUUAACUGUAAAACAUGUAUUGCCUUUUAAUGUGCCAUGAACACGACCAGUCAUGAUGUUUUCAUCUGAUUGUCAAACAAAUCACUUCAAAAAGUAGGUUACCUUCGCACGUUCAUCCAAAAUAAUUCCAGCAUCCAAACAGUGCACUGUGCACCCGCCAACCAAGUGCCUGAAACUAUCUCACUGGGGUAAGCAUCAGAGCAAGCGAAACAGCGCUCCUCUGUCUUUUCUAUAUCUAGCCCAUGUAUCUGAUGCUGUCUGGCCAAAAAGAGUAUGAAAUCCCAUAAUAUUUUUGGCCAGACAGCAUCAGAUACAGCGCCUAUAGAAAGUCUACACCUUUUAUUGUUUACAUUUUACAUUUCCGUCAUUUAGCAGACGCUCUUAUCCAGAGCGACUUACACAUUGGUGCAUUCAAUUUAUGAUAGCCAGUGGGACAACCACUUUUCUUCAUUUUUUUUUUUAUGGGGGGGUAGGAGGAUUAGUUUAUACUAUUCCAGGUAUUCCUUAAAGAGGUAGGGUUUCAAGUGUCUCCGGAAGGUGGUCAGUGACUCCGCUGUCCUGGCGUCGUGGGGGAGCUUAUUCCACCAUUGGGGUGCCAGUGGGAUUAAAAUUGAUUAAAUUAUAAUUUGUUGUCAAUGAUCAACACAAAAUACUCUAAUGUGAAAGAUUUUGUUUAAUUUUUUAAGAUGAAUACAAAAUAAAACACUAAUAUACCUUUUAUUAAAUAAGUAUUCACCCCCCUGAGUCAAUCCAUGUUAGAAACACCAUUGGCAGCGAUUACAGCUGUGAGUCUUCUUGGAUAAGUCUCAUAAGAGCUUUACACACCUGUAUUGUGCAAUAUUUGCCUAUUAUUCUUUUCAAAAUUCUUCAAGCUUUGUAGCCCCGGACAAGCACACCUGAUUCAACUUGACUAAUCAUCAGGCCCUCAAUGAGUUGAAUCAGGUGAGUUUGACCGGAGGCUACAACAAAAAUGUAUGCUGUUGGUGUACUGGAGGACUGGAGUUGGGAAACACUGCUCUAGUUAACCCUAUAUUCACACAGACUCACAAUAUAUUGACAACGGUCUCUUUUAAUUGACAGUUUUUCUCGAAGCCAAAGCUCCCAGAAGGCUUCUACAUCUAUGGUGAUGUCGUUAAGUAUAGUAGCUGUAUAAUAUAUAUAUAUAUAUCUGCUGCCACUAUAGUAUUACAUUUAUGAUGUUUCUCUUUUGACUUCAUUGCACGUUUGGGCGGCAGGUAGCUUAGUGGGUAAGAGCGGUGUGCCAGUAACCGAAAGGUCGCUGGUUCUAAUCCCCGAGCCGACUAGGUGAAAAAUCUGUUGAUGUGCCCUUAAGCAAGGCACUUAACCCUAAUUGCUCAUGUAAGUCGCUCUGGAGAAGAGCGUCUGCUAAAUGACUAAAAUGUAAAUGUACAUUUGGUGUGAUUCACUCUCCAAUUCACUCUUUCUCUGUUUUAUUUCUAGGUACAGGGAAAACAAUGGUUAUGGACAUGUUCUACUGACGUGGAGACAGCGAAGAAAAAGAGGGUCCAUUUCCAUGGCUUUAUGUUGGAUGUAAAUAAUAAGAGGUUAAGUUGUCGCCAAAUGAUGAUUGACUUGACUGUUAAAAAUCCUUCGUAAUGAGUUGAGCAAUAGUUUCAGAUUGAUUUAACUGAAAUCUUUGAGGAGGUCAACGUAAACUCAAUAUUUGUUGUUCUACUUGUUGUAUUUAGGGAUACGUCGACCUUAAAAAAGCCUGCCGAAGAGCAACGCUGGGAGGAUGGCUAAAGCCUACGACCCAAUGGCACCACUAGCAGGGGAGAUCAGUGAAGAGGCCUGUCUGUUGUGCUUUGAUGAGUUUCAGGUAAGGGCCGAGGGAGAUUCCUGUUACUGAUCACUUGUAACCACUGUUAUUAUACAAAAUCACCUGAAUAGCAUUAGCUAAUGUAUGGAUGUGAUCAUGUGGAAUCCUGUUUAGAGCUGGACAAAUAAAGUAGUUUUCUAUUAUAUCCAAUUUUAGUAUUCUAUUCUAUACAUAGGUCCCCAUGAGCUAAAUAUAACAGGAUUAGGGCUGUCAAAGUUAAGGCGUUAAGUAACACUUUAACGCGUUACAUUUUUAAUGCCGUAAAAAAAGAAAUACGCUGUUAAUCAUAUCUACAUACCGCACAAACCCUUUAAAGUGCACUUGUUUCCCGCACGGACAAUUUUAAGCACAACUUGGUCUCGGUAGUGCUGACUGUCCCUAUUGUGGUGCGCUAUGCGCACAGCUUUGAGCAACAAUUUUCAAGGAAAACGUACAGGAUGUUCAACCAUAAACACAUUCCUAGGCGUUUCUUUAGAUAACAGCAAAAACAUAAUUUGUACAGAAGUAGCUAGCUAGUUAUGUUAGCUAAUUAGCUAACCCAAAUAACGUUUACAAUACCAUGCUCAAUGCCUCUUGAUUCAACUAACUUCCCACAAUGAUUUUAAUCAGAACAGGACAUCCAUUCCAUUUAGCUACUGUUUUUGUUGUAGUUCUCGGGUAAAAAGAUUUAAGCAAAUUAUCCCAAUUCUAGUAGUAGCAGCUUGUGACUAGUUAAUGUUGAAGAACAUGGGUAAGUAGUUUAGGCUAGAUAUCUGUAUUAUAUUUUACAUGAACUCAGACCUGGCUGAUCUGUUAUUGUCUUCUGUGGAAUUCAUAAUAUUGUUGGGCAGGUUUAAAAGCCCUUUUUGUUCUUUGUCUCCAUAGUGCCAGUUAUUUUUUUCCUAUAGUUAACCCUCCAAUCAGAAAUUGGGAGAACAGUCAUUUAGAACGCCUGAAGCUUUAAAAAAAUACCUAGAGUCAGGUGUUUGUUAGACCAUGAGACAUCCCGGAAAUUGGUCUUCUCACAAAAACGUCUGUAGUGUCUGACCACUCUAUGAAAGGGGAGACUCUCACGAACACGAUGGUGGUCAGCGUUUUGCUCUAUGGCCCCAACAAGUGUCAGGGGACUCGCCUGAAGUCGGUACUGUUGAUGUAGCAACUUAUUUUUUUACCAUCUGAACCGUUUGGGCUACAAACUAAUGUGACUCGUUUGUGGAAAGGGGAGAUUCUCACGAACACGAUGGUUUUCUCCGUUUGGCUCUACGACCCCCACAAGUGUCACAGGACUCAUCUGAAGGUAAAAUAAAAAAAAUAAAAAAAAUGAAUGGAAGUAUGAAGGUAGUUUUGUGCCUACCCAAAAAGGGGUUAAAUAUGUGUUAAAAAACAUAUUUCCUGAUCUUUCUUAUAUCUCCUAUAUAGGACAAACACUUCAAAAGCUUGUUUCUUAUGAUUUGUUUUGACUGUCUUCUCUUCCAUUUAUGAAUGUGUUAUUCAAUGUGUUUCUCUGGCCUAUAGUACCUUCUACCUUCUCUUCCUCGGAAUCCACUGCUAAAGCCACUUUCUAUCACUCUAAAUGUCAAGCUUCUGCCUCUAUCCCUAGGAAAGUAUUGUCUACCUUUUCCUCCCUCUUUAAUCCUCCACCCCCUCCCUCCUCCCUCUCUGCGGACGACUUUGUCAACCACUUUGAAAAGAAGGUUGACGACAUCCGCUCCUCAUUCACUCAGCCUAUUGAGUCCACUGGUCCCACUCACACAGAACUACCCUACGCCUUGACCUCUUUCUCCCCCUCUCUCUCUCCAGAGGAAAUCCUGCAACUAGUGGGUCCGGCCGCGCGACAACCUCCCUGCUCGACCCCAUAUCCUCCUCCCUUAUCCAGACCAUCUCUGGAGACCUUCUCCCAUUCCUCACUCCCUCGUCAACUCAUCCCUGACCACAGGCUGCGUCCCCUCUGACUUCAAAAUAGGGUUUGAGCAUAGCCUGAAGGUAGUUCCUCUUGCUGCUCCAUAAACAAGUAAAAUGGUAGUGGAUAUGAGCUUCGACUGGAAACCAGUGGAGUGUGCAGAGGGGCAGGGUGACAUGGGAGAACUUGAGAAGGUUGAACACCAGGUGGGCUGCAGCAUUCUGGAUAAGUUGCAGGGGUUUGAUGGCACAAGCGGGGAGCUCAGCCAACCGAGAGUUGCAGAAGUCCAGACGGGAGAUGACAAGUGCCUGGAUUAGGAUCUGCGCCACUUCCUGUAUGAGGUAGGGUCGUACUCCACGGAUGUUGUAGAGCAAACCUACCUCUUCAAAGAGUAUCUUAAAUAAUCCCACAGCACCCCCCCUCGCACCCCCUCCCCAUAAGCCUUUCGUGAACUAACACUCACACUUGACUUCUCUCCCUUACUAGCUCUGACUUUGCUGAUAGCUAGGUGGGACUUUCUUUUCUCAAUAAAAGUAGCUAUUUUAAGAUGAAUGGACUAACUCUAAUUCGCUCUGGAUAAGAUCGUCUGCUAAAUGACUAAAAUGUAAAUGUAAAAUGACAUUAAAAACAUUCUGAUACAGAUUAUUUUGUAUUUUUUUCCCUUACAAUCAAAACAGCAUGGCUAUAAUCAAGGGAGGACAAACAUUUUCAUGAUUUCACUAAUAUCAUCGAAAUCAAUAGUACCAUUUUAUAUUCCUAAAACAUGCAUUGAAAAUGAUACUGUUGUUGCAUCCUGUUGUCAUAGCUUUUUUUUUUUAUGGCCAAGUGUCAAAACAUCAGUUUUAAAUGUCCAAAUUCAUAAUCAAUAUGCUGAAAUAACUUGUGAACUUUUGAAGACCAAUACAUAAAAGUUACUCCCUACACACGUGUUCAGAUUACUUGUGUUUUGCGAUGGCACCGACCAACAUAGUCACCCUUUUUCUAGCUCCUAGCCAACUUUGCAGUAUAUUAUUUUUAUUGAUCUAUUUGAUUUAGUACCUUCUAAACUGUACACGGACCAAUAUUUACAAUUUUUUCGCUCUUCUUACAGACAAACGUCAAUGAACUGGGUGUAAUACAUUUAUCUGUCGAUGGAUGACAACCUGUCGUAGCCAUUUAUCAGCUUAUACAGUGGGGAAAAAAAGUAUUUAGUCAGCCACCAAUUGUGCAAGUUCUCCCACUUAAAAAGAUGAGAGAGGCCUGUAAUUUUCAUCAUAGGUACACGUCAACUAUGACAGACAAAAUUAGGGGGAAAAAUCCAGAAAAUCACAUUGUAGGAUUUUUUAUGAAUUUAUUUGCAAAUUAUGGUGGAAAAUAAGUAUUUGGUCAAUAACAAACGUUUCUCAAUACUUUGUUAUAUACCCUUUGUUGGCAAUGACACAGGUCAAACGUUUUCUGUAAGUCUUCAAGGUUUUCACACACUGUUGCUGGUAUUUUGGCCCAUUCCUCCAUGCAGAUCUCCUCUAGAGCAGUGAUGUUUUGGGGCUGUCGCUGGGCAACACGGACUUUCAACUCCCUCCAAAGAUUUUCUAUGGGGUUGAGAUCUGGAGACUGGCUAGGCCACUCCAGGACCUUGAAAUGCUUCUUACGAAGCCACUCCUUCGUUGCUCGGGCGGUGUGUUUGGGAUCAUUGUCAUGCUGAAAGACCCAGCAACGUUUCAUCUUCAAUGCCCUUGCUGAUGGAAGGAGGUUUUCACUCAAAAUCACACGAUACAAGGCCCCAUUCAUUCUUUCCUUUACACGGAUCAGUCGUCCUGGUCCCUUUGCAGAAAAACAGCCCCAAAGCAUGAUGUUUCCACCCCCAUGCUUCACAGUAGGUAUGGUGUUCUUUGGAUGCAACUCAGCAUUCUUUGUCCUCCAAACACGACGAGUUGAGUUUUUACCAAAAAGUUAUAUUUUGGUUUCAUCUGACCAUAUGACAUUCUCCCAAUCAUCUUCUGGAUCAUCCAAAUGCACUCUAGCAAACUUCAGACGGGCCUGGACAUGUACUGGCUUAAGCAGGGGGAAACGUCUGGCACUGCAGGAUUUGAGUCUCUGGCGGCGUAGUGUGUUACUGAUGGUAGGCUUUGUUACUUUGGUCCCAGCUCUCUGCAGGUCAUUCACUAGGUCCCCCCGUGUGGUUCUGGGAUUUUUGCUCACCGUUCUUGUGAUCAUUUUGACCCCACGGGGUGAGAUCUUGCGUGGAGCCCCAGAUCGAGGGAGAUUAUCAGUGGUCUUGUAUGUCUUCCAUUUCCUAAUAAUUGCUCCCACAGUUGAUUUCUUCAAACCAAGCUGCUUACCUAUUGCAGAUUCAGUCUUCCCAGCCUGGUGCAGGUCUACAAUUUUGUUUCUGGUGUCCUUUGACAGCUCUUUGGUCUUGGCCAUAGUGGAGUUUGGAGUGUGACUGUUUGAGGUUGUGGACAGGUGUCUUUUAUACUGAUAACAAGUUCAAACAGGUGCCAUGAAUACAGGUAACGAGUGGAGGACAGAGGAGCCUCUUAAAGAAGAAGUUACAGGUCUGUGAGAGCCAGAAAUCUUGCUUGUUUGUAGGUGACCAAAUACUUAUUUUCCACCAUAAUUUGCAAAUAAAUUCAUUAAAAAUCCUACAAUGUGAUUUUCUGGAUUUUUUCUCCUCAAUUUGUCUGUCAUAGUUGACGUGUACCUAUGAUGAAAAUUACAGGCUUCUCUCAUCUUUUUAAGUGGGAGAACUUGCACAAUUGGUGGCUGACUAAAUACUUUUUUCCCCCACUGUAUUAUUAUUAUUAUUUCGGUAGAUUUCCAAUACGGAAAUGGAAACAACACUUUUUUUGACUGGAUAAUUUCAACAAAUCACCAGCUUCAAUCGGUAGCGACGGGUUGGCUUUCAUUUGAAUGAUCGCUUAACCCUCAAAUUCAUGAAUUCAUGUGAGGCCAGAUACUUUUUUUCUUCUUCUAGCCACCGGGAUUGGAAAAUGACAGCUAAGGUAAGUCCCACUACGGAUCAUUUAGCUACACUGAACAAAAAUAUAAACGCAACAUAUAAAGUGUUGGUCCCAUGUUUCAUGAGCUGAAAUAAAAGAUCCCAGAAAUGUUCCAUAUGUACAAAAAGCUGAUUUCGCUCCAAUUUUGUGCACACAUUUGUUUGAAAACCUCUUUAGGAAUGGGGGUUGUUGUAGUGGCCAUGUCCAACCGGCCCCCAGAUGGUAAGUAGAAUAUCUUUGUUGAGCUUGGUUCAGCACAAUCCAUAUAGGACAAUCUAUACUGAUAUAGCCAGGCCUAUUCCUCUACUGAUCUAACCAGGUCUAUUCCUCUCUACUGAUCUAACCAGGUCUAUUCCUCUCUACUGAUAUAGCCAGGUCUAUUCCUCUCUACUGAUCUAACCAGGUCUAUUCCUCUGAUCUAGCCAGGUCUAUUCCUCUCUACUGAUCUAGCCAGGUCUAUUCCUCUGUUCUAGCCAGGUCUAUUCCUCUCUACUGAUCUAGCCAGGUCUAUUCCUCUCUACUGAUCUAGCCAGGUCUAUUCCUCUCUACUGAUCUAACCAGGUCUAUUCCUCUCUACUGAUCUAGCCAGGUCUAUUCCUCUGAUCUAGCCAGGUCUAUUCCUCUCUACUGAUCUAGCCAGGUCUAUUCCUCUACUGAUCUAGCCAGGUCUAUUCCUCUCUACUGAUAUAGCCAGGUCUAUUCCUCUAUACUGAUAUAGCCAGGUCUAUUCCUCUCUACUGAUCUAGCCAGGUCUAUUCCUCUAUACUGAUCUAACCAGGUCUAUUCCUCUGAUCUAGCCAGGUCUAUUCCUCUACUGUUCUAGCCAGGUCUAUUCCUCUCUACUGAUCUAGCCAGGUCUAUUCCUCUACUGAUAUAGCCAGGUCUAUUCCUCUCUACUGAUCUAACCAGGUCUAUUCCUCUACUGAUCUAGCCAGGUCUAUUCCUCUACUGAUCUAGCCAGGUCUAUUCCUCUCUACUGAUCUAGCCAGGCCUAUUCCUCUCUACUGAUCUAGCCAGGUCUAUUCCUCUACUGAUCUAACCAGGUCUAUUCCUCUCUACUGAUCUAGCCAGGUCUAUUCCUCUACUGAUCUAGCCAGGUCUAUUCCUCUGAUCUAGCCAGGUCUAUUCCUCUACUGAUCUAGCCAGGUCUAUUCCUCUCUACUGAUCUAGCCAGGCCUAUUCCUCUCUACUGAUCUAGCCAGGUCUAUUCCUCUACUGAUCUAACCAGGUCUAUUCCUCUCUACUGAUCUAGCCAGGUCUAUUCCUCUACUGAUCUAACCAGGUCUAUUCCUCUCUACUGAUCUAGCCAGGUCUAUUCCUCUACUGAUCUAGCCAGGUCUAUUCCUCUACUGAUCUAGCCAGGUCUAUUCCUCUCUACUGAUCUAGCCAGGUCUAUUCCUCUACUGAUAUAGCCAGGUCUAUUCCUCUCUACUGAUCUAGCCAGGUCUAUUCCUCUCUACUGAUCUAGCCAGGUCUAUUCCUCUCUACUGAUCUAACCAGGUCUAUUCCUCUCUACUGAUCUAACCAGGUCUAUUCCUCUGAUCUAGCCAGGUCUAUUCCUCUGAUCUAGCCAGGUCUAUUCCUCUCUACUGAUCUAGCCAGGUCUAUUACUGUCUUCUAGAUUUGUACAAGAACGGAAUACAGAGGGUCAACUUUGUGCCAUUCAUUGCUGUGUUAAAGGUAAAGAAGUACAUUUCUGAUGUUUCUUUGGUAUAUUAGACAAUACAUAGUCAAUCUUACAGUAGUCUGCCCCUCUUCUCUCAUGCAGAACUAUUGCCAAGAGCUUCGGCUAGACUCUGGGAUAGACUACCGCAGGAGAAACAGACCCUCGGAUGGAAAACUCUACUUCCUGUAA